AUGCGAAACUGUGAAGAGGUAAUUAGCUCUGCAUCAAAAUAAAUAAACACAGGAAAUAAUAUACAUAUAUCAAGUAACCAAAUAAGUUCAUGCAGUUUUUAGUAGAAAAAUAUAAACUUUUAUUGAGAAACAACAAGACACUAUUUAUUCGUCGAAGUAAUUACCAUCACAUUGAAUGACCUUUUGCCGACGUGGAACCAAUUUUUGUACGCGAGUAUUGUAGAACUCCCUGGAUUUGGAGUAAACGAAAUUGGCGGACUGCAUUUAUUACACCAUCUCGAGUUGUGGACUGUCGGUGCCUCAUACAGUUGUCAAGAGACAAAAAAGGUGAUAAUCACUGGGCGAAACGUCGCCGUCGGGAGAAUACGGCGGGUAAGUUCAGAAAUUUUUUCUCGGGUCACUUUUGCGGUAUGAGGCUUGGCGUUAUCCUGCAAGAAUAUACUUUCUUCCGAUUGAUCAAAGAAGGCUGUUUCUGGGUGAGUGCUGCUUGUACUCGUUGAAGCUGCUCACAAUACAAGAUAGCAGUGACGGUUUGACCCCUUUCCAAAAACUCAUAAUGGACAAUUCCAGUUGCUGUCUAUCAAACACACAACAGAACCUUGUUUGGGUGCAAGGGAGUAUGUGGUACCAAAUGAGUAGGCGACAACCAAUGAUACGAACGCUUAGAAUUCGAAUACGAGAUCCAUUUUUCGUCACAGGUUAAUAAUCGAGUAAGAAAUGGUUCAUUAGCGUUGCGUGAAAUGUUUGCUGAACAAAUGGUAAGACGAUAAUUUCUGAUGAAGAUGCAAACGAAUAGUUUCAGGACCCACUCUGAACAUUUCUGCAAGUUCUUGGCACCUUGUCCUGGAAUUUGCGUCCACAACCUGUCGAAGAUCCUCGUUGUUCAUGAUUGUUGGUCUCCCUGAGCGCG